GAGGAAAUGAAGACUGUGAGCGUGUUUGCCGCUCGUCCGUGGCGUCGGGUUUAUCUGAAUUUGUUCUCGUGCUCGUGUAACGUUGGGGGGAACAGAUGAGUGGCUUUAAGGACGGAAUGCCCGUGAACUGAAGCUGGAAGGAUUUAAACUUUGUAAGGGAGGCAAGCGUGAAGCUGCUGGCCGGAGCAGAUCUGACAGACGCUAGCGACGUGCCCCUGCUCCAAAACCAAACGGGGACGGAGGGAAAGGAAAAAAAACAGGAAAGGAAAAAAAACAACAAAAACAACCUGCAAUUUGCAUGGAGGAUAGCGUGUAAAAUACGUAGUGCUGGAGAAAGGAACGGUGCUGUGCGGACGCUUGGUGGGCUUGCAAAAACCCUGAAGUGCCCGCUCGUGUCCCGUGAUGUGACUAGCUCAUUUCUGCAGGGCUCAUCAGAAUGGUGAAUAACACUGAAGACCCCCAAGAGGCUUUAUAACGUCCCAUCCCCAUGUAAAGUAUGCUCAGAACUUUUCCAGUAGUUCUGCUGGAAACCAUGUCUCACUACACAGACGAACCAAGAUUUACCAUAGAGCAGAUAGACCUGCUUCAGCGCCUGAGACGUACGGGAAUGACCAGACAUGAAAUCCUUCACGCGCUGGAAACCUUGGAUCGUCUUGAUCAAGAGCAUAGCGACAAAUUCGGAAGAAGGUCUAGCUACGGAGGCGGUUCCUACAGCAACAGCACCAACAAUGUCCCAGCAUCUUCCUCUACGGCCACAGCUUCAACACAGACCCAGCAUUCGGGGAUGUCCCCGUCACCGAGCAACAGUUACGACACCUCCCCACAGCCUUGCACUACUAAUCAGAACGGGAGGGAGAGUAACGAGAGGUUGUCUGCGUUCAACGGGAAGAUGUCACCGACCCGCUACCCGCUCGCAAACAGCUUGGCUCAAAGGUCGUACAGUUUUGAAGCUUCGGAAGAGGACUUGGACAUUGAUGACAAAGUGGAAGAGCUGAUGAGGAGGGACAGCAGUGUGAUAAAGGAGGAAAUCAAAGCCUUCCUAGCCAAUCGGAGAAUUUCCCAAGCAGUUGUUGCACAGGUAACAGGUAUCAGUCAGAGCCGGAUCUCCCAUUGGCUGUUGCAGCAGGGGUCGGACCUGAGUGAACAAAAGAAAAGGGCAUUUUACAGAUGGUACCAGCUUGAGAAGACAAAUCCUGGGGCUACGUUAAGCAUGAGACCCGCUCCUAUCCCAAUAGAAGAGCCAGAAUGGAGACAGACGCCUCCCCCAGUCACAGCUACCUCGGGGACCUUCAGACUACGGCGAGGCAGUCGGUUCACGUGGAGAAAGGAGUGCCUGGCUGUUAUGGAAAGUUACUUCAAUGAGAAUCAAUAUCCGGACGAGGCAAAGAGAGAAGAAAUUGCAAACGCCUGUAAUGCAGUUAUACAAAAGCCAGGAAAAAAGUUAUCGGAUUUGGAGCGAGUUACCUCCCUUAAAGUGUACAAUUGGUUUGCCAACAGAAGAAAGGAAAUCAAGAGACGAGCCAAUAUCGAAGCAGCAAUCCUGGAGAGCCAUGGAAUAGAUGUACAGAGUCCGGGAGGUCAUUCCAACAGUGACGACGUUGAUGGCAAUGACUAUUCAGAGCAGGACACUUGGCAAGUACGCAAUGGGGAGGAGGAGGGAAGAUGUUCAGAGGGAGGCAGAGAAGCAGAGAAGGUAGAAGAAGACAGGAGGAUCUGCUCCAAACAAGCAAGUUACACCAUUCACGCCACACGCAAUGAUGACAGCACUAGCCAUAGUGACCACCAAGACCCCAUCUCGUUAGCCGUGGAAAUGGCAGCGGUAAACCACACCAUCUUGGCAUUGGCCCGGCAAGGAGCCAACGAGAUCAAGACAGAGGCUCUAGACGACGACUGAUACGAAGAAGGGGGAGGGUCAGAGCGAGAAGUAACUUAGUUUUAGACGUAGCACCUUAGCAGACUUUCCUCGGUCCUUAAUAUGUGUUCUUACAGUAUAACUUUGCAGUUUCUUGUACGUCAGUUAGCUGUUAGGGUCUUGUUCUGUGAAGAUGGCAUGGUGCCCUCAGCCUUUGCAUAUACUCUCUCAGUAUUAAUUCCCAAUAAAUAAUCAAUCAACCAACCAACCUCCCUCUCCCAGCCCCAGUGGCUAGAAAAAUCUUGCUGCUCUGUCUUAGCAUUCAAAGUGCUUCCAGGUAUUUUAGACAGUCCUCAAUUACAAGUCUUAGGCUACACUUAAAAUCUUGGAUACCCGUAGAGAUUGUGUAAAAAUAGUCUGUAUGCUUUUCCUUCUCUGAGACUGAAAGGAUGCAAGCUGAGGUAGUGGCACAGGGUCGAUGGACACCAGAUUGGGAUUAUCAACAGAGAGUAAAAAGAACACUAGAAACCCCACUUUCAGCAUGGGAAUAAAUGAUUUCCAGCUGCAAUAAGCUGUGCCUCACUGGUCAUACAGUGACUGGAUAUACUUUUGGGUGCUGUGCUGAGAAUGUCCAUUGGAAACACAUUCACAUAUUUUGGUUGAUGUUCACAUAUUCAACACAGACAUCCUCUGCUCUCACAAGCUGCGUGGCUUAGUGGAUAAGUACUGCCUUCUGCCUCUGGGACCAUGAUUGAAGCCCAGCCUGGGAUCAUAUGAAAAAUGAGCUGAAUGUCUAAUGGACAACAGUCCACUUCUCAAAACCACUAUUCAUUAUUUGGCAUGGCUAGCAGUGCCUGCUCAGAAGAGGUCUAGACUCUAUUGAUCUGUCACUAACAAGUUCACUUUUUAUUCUUCCUCUCACCUUUUCUGUCCCCACCCUACUCCCUUCUCCACUUUGCCACUUUCAAAAGCAAUGUUUUCCAGGAAGGUAUUAUGGUCAUGAAAUGGGUGAGUGAAUUUUUACACGUCUGUGUAACUAAUGCCUACGCCCCAACUAGAAAAAAGGGUUAUUGGAGAACUUUUGCAUCUGACCUUUGCUAGUUAACCAUCGUAGCAUAAAUAUUCUCCUAAAUACGAACUUUUGUAUUUGCUUAAAGGCAGGAGGAUCUCUUACCUGAGAAAUGGGGUGUGAAUGUUUUGUGUUCUCUUUACUCUGUCCUUGUUAAGAUGUGAGAAAGCUAUACUGCUACGAGCAAUUUAAUUAAUAAUUGGAAGCCAUACUGAUAAUGGAUGUGGUAAUAUUUGUAAAGCAAACCUACUUUAAGUAGCAGAAACUAAUGGAAUUGUUUUCCUUGAUCAUAUGUAGCACUUUUGUUACUUUUUUCUUAAAGAUAUUUAUAUUUGAUAAGUCUUUUUUUUAUCAUUUGAGAAUUCAAAAUGCCAAACAGCAAACUUGCAUUACAGAGUCACCCUGCGAUCACCUUGUCAUCUAGUAUCUAAAUGAUGAACUGUGUGUGCAUCUAAGAAAAUUACAUCUGCUGGCAUUGUGUGGAAAUGAUCUCCUGGCAUCCUGAUAAAAUGAUAUGUUGCUGCCGGUAAGAGGAAACAUUUCAAUGGAAACAGCACGGGAAGUGUUAGAGACGGGCAGGACUGUGUUACGUUUAAAAAAGAGAAAAAAAAAAAAACUAUGUAAAUUUUUCUAUAUAGAUAUAUAAAAAUUUGCAUAGUGUUUCCACAACAUUCCAUUUUUUACGUUUACGUGGGAAUAGCUUAAGAGGGGAAAAUAGCUUAAUUUUGAAGGAUGGUCUUCCUUCUUCUCUCGUCCACUUCUGAAGGUGGAGGUGAUGAAGGGAAGUUGCAAUUACUUGGUUUGUUCUCCUCCUCCCUCCCUUCCUCAUGCAUAACGCUCCGAUAGCAUUGUGAAUUCCUAAAAUGUGGUUCCUCAGCAGGUUUUUAGGCAGCCUAAACCCCUCCAAGGUGUAGGCUAACUAGAUCAUCUUUACAUCUGUUAAUCUCGCAAAAAUUGCUUAGGUAAGUGUGGAGGAGAUUUUGUGCUUUCAGAGGGCACAGAGUUGGCACCUCUUUGUCUCUGUAACUUGGAAGAUAAAUAGGUAGAGCUUGGCCUCGUCUUUCAUUUAUGGAUUUCAUUGGAAAAUUUAUGUGCUUUCCUUAGGUAUAGAUCACUGAAGCAGAAUGAAGCCGUCUUUCUCUGUUUUAUUGCAGUUUCUUGAGUAGGCAAAUUCGUAAGUAGCAUCAGGGCAGACUCAGGAAAAAAAAAAAAGGAAUUGGAUCAGUUACCAUUGCACCAUUGCAGUUUUUUACUUAACGCGUGUAUGAAUGUUUUGGUACUAAGGGGUGAAAGGACGGGAGGAGAGCUUUUCUUUCUAUUUUUGCACAGCAGAAUGAUCAAGCAAACUAUAGCCUUAGUGGAAUUUUACCUUCUUAUUCAUACUACAGUCACACACCAAGCUGACAAGCAACAUCCACGAUUUAUAGUAAGGAGAUUUUAAUAAUCGAUGGCCUCUUUAUGUUGGGAUUGCCACCACCAUUUGUUCUGGCUGUUUCAUUUUAAAAAGAACAGACUCAAACUGUUGGACAGCUGCAAUUUUAAAAGAAAUAUUGCUUACUAUAGCAUCUUUAAAAAAAAAAAAAGUCAUUGUUUCAAGCACUGCCUUUUUAAAGCAAUAGGAAAGAAUAAAAAUAGUACUAAAACAUCCUUGGUCCGUGUGAUGCAGGAUCAAAGUAACACCGCUAAAAUUGUAUGUCUGCACCAUCUGAUGUAGAAUAAUCUGGCCUUAAUUCUGUCUGUCAGUGUCAGGUAGCUGCUGGUCUCAUCGUGCAUCAAUAUCCAGGAUGAAGGUUAAACAGAUAAACCACUUGUGAGCAACUGGAGAUUGCCAGGUUCUCCUUGUCUGUAGCUUCCAGGUAUACAUCAGUUUGCUGCUCUCCCCCAGCAUCUUCUCACCAGAGGAAAUAACAAAUGACUUAACUAGGCAAUCAGUUGUCCUAAAAAAAUGUAUUUUAAAAGAAUUCCGUGGCGUGUUUCAUUUUUUUCACCUUGGUUUGCACCUGCCUACAAAAGGUACGAGGAAAGAGUAAGACAUCAGGAUGCUCACAGCAGUUUCCUUUAUUCUGAAAGCUCAAAAAGGACAAUUUGCAGUUGAUUAAAUAUUUUCUGGUUUGAUGUGAAUUACCUUAAAUGGAACAGAUGUUGGUGUGAUGAUUUCAGGAGACCUGCACCUAGAUUAGAUCUAGAGUAAUUGGGAGAACUGGUGGAGAAAGCAUCCCGGGAUUUAGACUUCGUUCUAGGUUUUCUGCUGCAGUAUGGGAAGUUGUCUUUGUCUUUCUGGAUCUGGAUUUUCUUGAUAACUGAGCCCGUUUAGUUUUUUUGGUCUGUUUUGUAGCAUUGCAAUUCACUGGCAAUUUGUUGUAGCCAACCAGGAAUGACUGCAGCUCGUUCUCACGUGGAUUCCUGUGUAGUGGAUCUGGUGGCAGGCUAGAUCUACCUUUUUGUUCUGUGAAUAGAGAAGACACUUUUCAAGAUGCUUCUUUUCUGUGAUGGGCACAGAUUGCUUUUAACUUUGUAGGGUAAACUUUGGCUGUUAUUUUGUGGCCGAUAAAGUCCUUAUACUUGAGUUGUUGUCUCUAACAGUCUUCUUAAAACAACGAUUUCUACCUCUACUUCUUUUUUUUGGUUUUGUUUUGAAUUCUCCAUGUCUUUUUCCUAAAGUGUGAGAUCCCAGAUACUUACAAAAGCCGUAUGAGUUGGAAAAAAAUAACAACAACAACAAAAAAAAAUAGGAGCAAGAAGAAAUACUAUCCAUUGAUGCCCUAGAGUUGUAGAGCCAUCUACUACGCUUUAAGCAUAGAUGUUGGUACAGCGUGAUCCCAUUACUCAUACGUUGGACAGUGAACAAGUUGGUCAUGAGUCAGCAGCGUGCCCUUGCAGCAAUUAAGGAACCUCAUUAGGAAGAGCUGUCAGCAGGUCAAGGAAAAUGAUUAGGCCCCUCUCUUCAUCACUUGGGAGAGCACAUCUGGAGUGUUGUGUCCAGUUUUGGACAGGAGUGAGUCCAUUGUAGGGCUGCUGAGAUGCGAGGGCUGGAGCACAUGUCAAGGAACGAGAGAGAUGGUUUUUUUCAGGCUGGCCUAGGGAGAUCUUAUUUUGCUCUUCAGCUGUCGUAAUGGGUAGUUUUAGAGAUGACAGAGGCGUGUAGCGAAAAUAUUAGGGGCAGUGGGCUCAAGUUGCAAUCAGGAGAAUCCAAAUGAGCAGAAAGAGAAAUAUUUUCACACUGAGAGUGCUAGAACAGUGGCCCAGAAAGGCAGUGAAAACCACAUCCUUGGGGAUAUUCAAAACUCAACUGGACGAGAUUGGGGAUUGGAUUAGAGACCUCCAGAGGUCUCUUCUGCUCAAACUUAUUCUGUGACUUCUGUGCUCAGGUCAAGGAGUUUGAUCCGUAUGUGUUCACUUGUUUAAUGAAAUUCUUUUAGCUUGUUGUUUUUUUUUUUAUUCUUAUUUUUAUUUUUCCUAUUCAUAAAAAGUUAUCUCAUGUAUUCUCCUAACAGAGAUGAGCUUUAUUUGCAGGGUCUGGCUACAGGUUCUAAUCAAGCCAUAAAUCAAGUAAUAAAUGUCAUUAAUUAUUUGCUCUGUUUACACAGUUCUUCAGGGAUAUUUUAAUGAUUUUGUUUGUUUCAUUGGCUUACAUCAAACUGGUAAGUUCUCCAUGUUUUUGUAACGCUUGCGCUGCAGAUUCCUUUUUGCCUUUGAGAGGAUUUGUCAUUGUCUUGCUGCUGUGAGUGUAGACUUGAAAAUUUUCACAUAGCUGAACAUGUUAGAGGAAAAAAAAAUACUUAACUUAAGCCCGCAGGUGACUACUGUGAUAAGCUAGAAAUUUUUGGUUGAGUAGAUCUUUAAAUGGUGAUUUUCAGAAGAUCUGGUCUUGUAGGUUAGAUCUAUGCUUAGAGCUUCACGUUAUUUCCUUAAGUGUUUGCUGUUGGCCACUGCUAGGGAAAAAAAAAAAAGAAAAGAGAAAAGAACAACAAAAAAUAUACUCUACUAGAGAAAUUUUAGGUCUGAUUUAGAUGUUAUUUUGAAAACAACUCAUGAUGGUGUUUGCCAGUACGGAACAGCAUGGAAUCAUUAUCCCAAGCAUGACUCCUGGCUUUAAGGUGCAGAUGAGUUCAAGAUUUUCAGUUCCCCUAUGUGGUGUAAUGGUUUUACCUUCACAAUGAGUUGCUGCUUGCAAAGAAGUAAAAUGAAAGCAUCGUGCUGGCCUUUCACCUGGGUCACUGAGUCACGCAGAGACGCAUGGUGGUUGUAACAGGAUUUCAUAAGGAGAAGGUUCUUUAUUUUCCACCUAGAGAAAACCAGCAAAAUUGGUAUAAGAGUUUUCAAAACUCAAAAAUGCUGCCCCAAAAGCAUUUAAUGCAGGAUUUUGUUUUGCUGUGUGUAAUUUCAACGCUGUUGCAAAGCUGGAUUCACACGUUUCUCUGUAAAUUACUAAGAUUCAGGUGAUAGAUUUUGCCCAAAGUACUGUGAGCAAACUGUGGAUUUUUUUUUCUUUUUUUCAAUAUGUAUUUUUUCCCAUUUAUCCCUGCAAUUCUCCUCAUUUCAGAUAAUUUUCUUACUGUAAAGUUUCUGUUCUUCCUCCUACCCUAAUUCCCAGGGUUCAUCAGCUUUUUUCAAGUUUGUUGGAUAAUUACCAGCAACUUCUACUUUUUUAUGUCAAAAUAAACUUUGCUUCUAUUUUAGACAGGGCUUCCCACCCAAGUAGCUCUUGCACUCUUUGAAGUUACUUGACUUGGUAAUAUUCUUUUGAGCAAAAUCUCAAGCUUGUAGGCAAUAAUCUUGAGUUUAGUGUAGCAUUUGGCAGGAAUUUUUGUUGGCGAGAUUGGUCUUGAAAAAAUGUGCUCUGUGUCAGCGACCUAACAUAUGCCUCUUCUUCUUAGGCAGAUGUAGAUUGUGCUUGUGUGUAUUAAUGCCUCCUAGUAGGAGUAUUCGGGUUUGUAUCACGAUACUGGCUAAUGGAAUGGAAGUUCGUGGAGUCAGGAAUUUUCACCGUGACUUCUUGGAAGGGAAGGUUGAUGGCCUGGCCAAAAGUACCUUGCAGUUUCUAAGGCGAAGAGUUGAGACAUUUCAAAAUUUCCCCCUUGGGCCUUUUCGCAGCUGGGAUUUUUUCUCAGGACCUUGAGUUGGUCACCGGCCAGUGGGCAUUUGGCAAGCUGAACGGCGUAGCCCCAAACCCUUCAUUUUAGUUUCUGCGAGUGUUUUUUUAAUUUAUAGGCUUUGAGCUGUCCAAUUAAAGAUAUUGCACAUGAAUGAAACGAGGCAUUCUGGAGAUGGCAGCUAUAAAUUCAAAUUUAAAACACACAAAAAUUAUUUCUCGCCUUUGUGAGAAAUGUGUUAUAACUGCAAAAGUGGACGUGGUCGUUCUGAGGGCUGUCGGUGAGCCGACAGCAUUUUGGUGUUGGUUUUUGUCCAGCAAACUGCAAAGAAAAUGAAAUAAAUGCAAGUAUCCUCGGUGGCACCAGUGAAACAAAUGUAGGGAGAAAAAUUCAAACCUCUGAUGAGUUGUUCGUGGCUAACCUUGGCCUUAGGUUUUGCCACGUAAAAGUAGCUUGGGAUUGUUUGUGCCUGUUUUUGUGCAGGUGAUGCGGUAGCUCCGAUGGCGUUGGCACCGUUACAGCAAUUGGGACAAAACUGCUCUGCUUUGGGUAAGGUCACCCACCCCGUGAAAAUCCAGGUCGUACUUUAGCUCGUACUGACUGGGAAAAGUGAAGAAAUACGUUUUGCUCUUUCAAGAUACCAUCUAUGAUGUCUGCAAGGUGCUUAUCAGCGUAGUAGUUGGGCGAUAAGCCAAGGAUUUGCCAUUUUAGGUCUGGUCGGUGAAAACUCCCCCAAACUCACUUUAAAUGCCCCUUUUAAUCAGGCUGGAGAAGAAAACCGACUAACUGGGUUGGCUGCUGCCAUGCUGGGCUCUUCCCAGUCCUUCCCAGUAAGCUUUGGAGUGCUCUGGCCAGCAGCUUCAGCACGAAUGAACCCAACCCUUGGCAAUAGGGUGAGGUGCACGAUGGCCCUGCCGUGCCUCUCUCAGCUGGCUUGGCAGGCUCUGCACCAUUCAUUCCCUCUCUUCCCUCUCCUGUUAAAUGGAAGCGGGUGUGUUCUGCUGAUCAAAACAUCCAGCACGCUUCUGCUAAAUCCUUUCAAAUUGCAGGCAGGGUAAUUGGGAUGGGUAGAUAAAUGCCUAAGUGUGUGGCAGGGAAAGUAAUGGCAGGUCUUUUGAAUGACUGGGUGUCCUCCUGACAUGUAAUUAGCUGCUUUAGAAAGAUGUGGAUUGGCAUGGUCAUAAUUAAAAGGAUUUCUGUCUUUCUGUGAUUGAAAACAGAAGAUCUUCUUCCCCCUAAUUCUCUUUAAUACCAGCGUUAUUAGUGACACUUGGAACAGCUACUUCGUAAACUUAAAUAAUGACCUGCUCCCAACGGUACCUUAUAGCAGCAGGGACUGAAACUGAGUUUGGUUUUCUAUGCAAAGCUGAUUCUCCUAUUUUUUAUGGUUUUGAUGUAUUUUUUUCUUUUUUUUUUUCCUCUUCUUGUUUUUAUACUUUUUUUUUAGAAACAAAACUACCAUUUGGUCGCGUGACGGUGUGCUUGCAAGUUACCCAGGGUCUUGAUCAGCUCCUCUUGCUUUGCCACUUGGCUGUCGAGUCGUUUUCAGGAAGAUUAGCCAUGGUCCAGGCCUCCACUGAAUUACUGGUGCUGUGUUUUCACCCUGCCUGCAGGUGGAGAGUACCGAUUGCACUGUUAGCAUCCCGUUCCCAAAGCGGAGAAUGUAGCUGGCUCUUCUGUGCCACCCGAGGUCAUCUUUUGUAGGGUCUCAGUUCGGAAGCCUUACCAAGUAUGUAGCUGUGCUGUCCUGAAGCCCUCUGCUGUCUCCUGUUGUGCUUAGGGUGCUCUUUGGGGCUAACUCACCUUUUUCUUAAGAAAUCUCAACGAUCCUGCAGCUGGAUAAUGGCCUCAAAGGUAUUCUGCCAUACAACAGGAGAGGAGCUGUGGUGAUGUCCUGUCAUUAAUUACAUCAUCAUCUCUCUGCAAUACAUUGCCAGAUUCUGAAAAGGCAUCUCUUGUAGGGUGUUAGGUGCCUUUCUCUUCUGUUUUUCUGAAAAACGGUAUCUGCUGAUCAGUCUUGAGCACUGCAGAGCCUGCCUGGGAACUUUUUGACCCUAUUUUUCUGUAGUGCUCCUGCUGUAGCUCCUUUCUGUCGUGCUCCUGCUGUAGCUACUUAUCUCAGACAAGUUUCUGAAGCUUUUCGGUAUGUAAAGGUGCAUUUAUAGACUCCUCGUCACAUUUAGAAAAGUCAGCGUGUUCCUAGCUUCAUCAGAUUUGCAAAGGAGGUAGGAACUUAACUUAUUCAGGCUCUUAUUUAAAGCUUUCAGUUUCUUUAUUUAAAGAAACUAAAGAAAUUAUUCAGUUUUCUUUAUUUAAAGCUUUUCAGCUUCUUUGUACUGAAACACUUCUGCAGAUCUCAUCCCUUGUCACUGUGGUUCAGAACAGAUCUAUGGGUCUUGGGUACUUGUUUCUUCCAGCACCGUUAGCACUGGUGGUGCUUACUCACAGGAGCAAUGGUAGGAAAUUCUUUCCUAGGACAGAAAUUUGGGGGUGUUAACGUGCUGCUGUCGCUAGCCUUGAUACAGCUUCCUAUCCUUCUUCCCACCUCUUCUCCUGAACUAAUUAAAGUCUUCCAUUCUAUGGCAAGAUGGCAUAUGUAGCUUAAAUAUCCCACCUCUGUAAUUAAGAGCUUGACUUCAGCCUUCUGAGAUGUAUUUUACAUCAUUGCAGAUUGAAAAACACAUUUUACUUACAAAGUUUAUCUGUCAAAUGGCUCAAGGAGGACAAAGACUUAAUGAAAGCAAACGAUUAAUUAAUAUUUCUUGAUACAUUACAGUAAGAAUAUUGAGCAUGUAUUCCAUUCCUCAAAGCACAUUUGGCGUUGGAUUUUUUUGCCUGUCAGCUGGUAACGUUGCUGCUAUCUCUCUUUGACAGGGCUGUAGUGACAGAAUUGAAAACAUCACGCAGGAGUUAACCAGAGCCAGGGACUCGCAAUAUCAACUCACUGACCAGUUUUUCCUAUACCAGAGUGCAAGGUUUUCAUCUAUACUUCAUGGCAAGUAGGCAGACCAAAGGGCAUAGGCACUCCCCGGGCACAUUCAGGCUGCCUUCUGCUCAAAAGGUUUGAUGAAAUUUUGGAGUGGAAGGCAGCAGUGAGAACAUUUCACCUGUCUGCCUUGAGUAGGCUGCUCUGAGAUGGAGCUACACUGGGUUCAGCAUGGCAAAGGGGAAAUGUGAUGCUGAGAAAGGCCAGGUACACCGUGCAAAGGGUGUGAUUACUGGUGGAGAAAGGUGAACAUCUCAGGGGCUUUAUUGAUGAGAUCUUGGAGGUCUCUUCCAACCUAGAUGAUUCUGUGAUUCUGUGAGAUAGCUGAAGCAGCUUAUUAAAUGCUCUGAGAUAUCAAUGUGUGUUUCUUUGGGCCAGGCACACCUUAUAGCAUGAUGAGGAGCUGCUGUUGGAAUUUUGAGACGUGCUUUUCGUCGUAGGGGUAGCUGCCUGUCACUUUAGCUAAGCACACAGCUGCUCACUGGGCAGGAGCAGUUUAAUUCUGCCUCUUUUCCUUUCCUUUAGAGCUCUUUAAAAUCACAGCCCUGUUUCUCCAGGUAUUUGGAGACAGUAAAUACUAUCUGAGAUUAGGGAAUAGAUCCUCCCAUUCGCAGAGCUACUAGAGUUAACUCCAGGUGAGAAUUGCCCCUAGAUUUCAACAACACUCAGUUAAUGCCUGCUAGGAUUUACAGCAGAGCAGGAACAAAACUGUCCUGCGGUUGCACUGUCAGUAAUUCAAUUCAGUGAAACAAGCUUGAAAAUCAAACUUCUGAUUAGAAGAAGUCAGUGAAGUAUCCAUGGACAUGAAGAAGGCAUUUGUAAAUGUGUUGGGGUGGGAAGUCCGUUUAUGUUUAUAAACCCUUAGGGGAUUUAUUUUAUUUAUUUUUUUUGCAUUUGGAAGGGCAGGAUGGUUCAUUCAUCCCACUGGAUGAUGACAGAGUAGGAAGUUUGCAUCAGAUAUUUGAGAACCCAGGUGAUAUGCAGGGUCUCCUUGUAGACUGGUCCCUUCUGGCCUUAAUCGUAAAACUCUGAUUCCAAAGAGGUAGGCUUGUCUUCUACUCUUACAGUUAUAACCUGUUCUUAGUAUUUAAUCGUUUGUAGAGAUUUGAGUACUAGAGGGGUUCUCUGCAGUACGAACUUCAUUUAAAAAGUGUGACUUGCCAUCAGAGAACAUGUUGUGCCUUAAACCAUGGGAGGUUCCAGUUAUAUAUAAGAUAAAUACCUUUUUACACUUUGUACUUCUGCCAUAAUGGGAAUCAAACAAAUGUAGACGUGAUAAAAGGUGGUUUAUGUAUGCUGCUGUGUUACUUAGAUUUGCUUCAGUAUCUUACAGAUUCAGUGUGUCUGUUCUGCUGAGACAGCGAUACAUCCUCCCAGCCUUGUCGAGCAGCUCUGGUAGCUCUGGAACAGCGUUAUUCUGUUCAACCUUUGUUUUUCCUUCUCGUGUAAAAGCAAAAAAAAGAACUCAACCAAAAUCCAGACCAGGUCAGUCUGAAUUUCUAAUCUUAACUUCUUUGUUGCUGUUCUCUACAUCAGACAUUUGGGUACAUGAAUUCCAGUUGUUAAGGGUACCUUGCGAUGUUUUCCAUUGUUACCUGGGCAGAUUGAACAUAAAAAUUAUUUAACAUGAAAAAACGUUGAUCAAUCGUGACCAUUUCCUGUAGCUGCAUUGCCUCGAGCAGCUGUUUUUACAAAUGCUUUUAUCAAUUGCCAGAGCGCUUCAAAAAUAUCACAGCCAGCAGAAGUCGUCUUGCUGAACUGAUGUCUCCUCCUGAAAUUAUUUCUUACACUGAGCCUUUACUUCCCCAAAGGAAUUCCAGACGAAUGUUUUGAGUUGCACCUCCUUCCACUGCUCUAAGCCAUUCGCUUUCUUCUGCAGCCGAUUCUUGUUGGUACCGAAUUUCACGCGAUUCUUUCCCAAACUUUAGUUGUGUUGCUUCAUAGAGAUUAUUUCUUCUGUCUUUCAGCCAAGCUCCUUCUCGCCUCGGUAAUCCAUUUUACCUGGUUUACCAGUGGUUUUCUUACACCGAUGUGCUCUAACCUGAACCCAGUGGUCAUACAGCCUCAAACUAAGCGAUAUUUGUGAUUUCCAUGCUAAUAACAGAGCCAUCCAGUACUGAAUUUUAGGUUUGGUUCCAAAUCUUUUGAAAACUUUUGAGCUUUUUGCUCUCCAAAAGACCUCGGGGGGUUUUUAGCAUGGUUAGCUGGCAGCACUCCUCCCUUCCCUCCUUUUAGUUUUGAUGCUUAGGUCAACAAAUCAGGGACACAGGAACUUCUAAGUAUAACCUUUUUUUUUUAUUAAUCUUGGGACUGUCUUUUUUUACUGGGAAGACUGGCACUGCGCCUUGCACUUCAGUAGAUGUUCAAUGAUAACUCUAGCGAGUUAACUUGGAAAAAUACAGGUAUUUCACAGAUGUGGCUGUUCUUAACAGAGUAAUUUGACAUUUCUUGCACACAGUUAGAGUGCUCAGGUUUAUCUGUUUGGUUUUGUUCCCUAUGCCACUUAUAGGUUGGUGCCUCUCCCACUCCCCUUGGGACUGACCGGUUGCUUUCUGUGCCCUUUCUCCCCUUUCUUUGGUGACUUCUGCCAUUUGAAUUUCAUUCCUCUCGUUCCUCGUUCUUCUCUUUUCCUCUACAGGCACUUUAUUACCUUCUCAACAUCAGGCGGUGUAUUUAUAGUUAGGUGUUUUCUAAAUUCUUUUAAUACUUCAGUCCAAGUCAUCGCAGCUUCACCUUUCCUUCUGCCUAUGAGAUGGUGCUGUAUCAACUGCCUACUUGAAGUCCAGAUAUCUGUUGUCCACGGUGAAGUCUAAACAUGAAACAUUUUCCAGAGUCCACUGUGACCAUUUAAAAAGAAAAGAGUUCAUACAUUCAGUCCUUUUCCAGCAGGCUUUACUUGAGGCCUCCUACGUGAAAAAAAUGUAGUUCCAGGUGUUGGACCAUGGUUAACAGAGGUAGUAGCAUUUUUUUUCUUUAAUUUUAUUGCGUCUUGCUUGCACUUACUGUUGGAAGCUGUGUUGGAAGCUGGAUUAAUUGGUGCAGUUAGUGUGUUGUCGCCUGCUUUUUACUGCGAGGGUUUAGGACAGGAUGCACAGAUUUGCUUGGCCUCGCCGAAGUGGCUGUGUACUGGGGCCCUUUUGUUAGCCCCAAUUGCUUUUUAAUUUUUUUAACUUGUUUUAGAUAUGAAGAUGAUUAGAGAGACUUGAAAUGAAAUGGGUUUUCCAAAUAGAUGCCGUCAUGAAAAUAGAUUGGAGUUUGGUCUGCCCGUCUUUCAGCACUACCCACUGAAUUUUCUCUUUCUCUUUGCCUUUUGCAUCCAUUUAGGUGGCAUGUGGAGGCUUGUGCUGACCUGAAAUUUUUUUGACUCGUUUCUAGAUUCUUUGGGGUCAGAGCCCUGUUGUUUUUUGGCAGAUUUUCCGUGUCAUCACCCGUUGCAGUACAAGACUUUUGGAUCUAGCCGUGGUGUAAGCAGCGUAGUUCCAUAUCUCAGCAGCAGCCAGCCCUCACUUUGCCAUCAGGAUUGUUCUUGGAGGUGAAGGGCAGCGCUGGCUCAAACCAGUACGGGUGCCCAGCACCACUGGGUUGGACUGGGAGAGCCCCGUGCCUCUCUGGAAGUCAGGUGUCAGCUCCUACACCAUAACAUGCUAGCAUGGUGCCACAGGACCACUGCAGGACAGGCUUUUUACCUUAAAGAUAAUACAGGAGUAACAAAUCUAGCCUAGAUUUAGUUCAACAGCAGUUCUAUCAGAGGGUGACAAGUACAAGUCACUUGUGUCCGUGGGGAGCACUAUUUUCUUGACAGAUCGCCUUGGCUGUCUCCCUCUUGGUCUCUACGAUCUUCCCAAGGCCCGUGAAAGCCCAGGAAGUGUGAAAUAUGUGCAGUACUUUUUUAAUUAUUAUUAUUUUUUUUUUCUUAGUGUCAAUUUAAAAAGUGCCUAAGUGAGUAACAGGACUCCAGAGUGAGCUGGAGGAAUAGGAUUAGACCUCAUUUCCCUCUUAAGAAACGAGCCCUCCCUGCAGUCCCCCCGCACGUGAGGCUCCCGAGGAGCAGCAGGGAUCCGGAGCCCGGCUGGAAAAAAAUCUCCACUCCUUCCCCGUGCUGCCCACCCUCGGUUUUCAGCCUAAAAAUUGUUGGCAGGGGGAACUCCUUAACAAAUCUUGCUCCUCAGCCAAACCUUAGCAAUCUCCAGUUUGGGGUGGACGGGGAAGAGGGGGAAGCUUGGAGAGAAUUUGGUAGGAAGCUGCCUCUUGGAUUACAGAUGCAAAUAGCUUCGUGCAUUAAUCAUGCAUCUCUGGAUGCCCGUACGUCUGAGAUUCUGGGUAGAAGUGGCUAAUAAGCAUAUUUAAUCACCCCGUUUUGGAAUCACAGAGGCAGUUUCUUCCUAUAUUCUUAAUUAUUUCUAGGCUUAUAAUAGUGGCACCUGCUAAGCGUUUUUGUCAAAGUAAUUUAACUAUUGGCAGGUGGUUGUAAUUUUGUAAACAUACAGGAGAAUUUUAUGUGGGUAAAAUUAAAGAUAGAUAUCGAUGCUAGUUUAAAAAAAAAAAAAAAUUGCAUUAAAGAAUUUCUUCUGACCAUAGUAAAAGGAAAUAAAAAUAACAGAACACUAUUAAGAUGUAUUAGCACCACUUAAGGAUUCCGAAAAUGAAAGCAAUCCAUAUGUAGAUGUUUUAUUUUUCAUUAGUAACAAAAUGUUGUUUUCACUCUGACAACUUAAUAACACAUGAGUUGGGAAAGCCUAGGAAAUUACUAUUGGCAAGAAAAGCUAUAAGGACAUCUCUUUCGCAGAGAACAGAAAAUUAGCUUGUAGGAUGUUGAUGGGUGUUGAUACAGGCAAUGAUCAAAUGGGAAUCUAUCGCUGGGGUACUAAUGAAAAUAAAGCAUUUGUGGAGCCUAUAACACACGCCGACCGUUUGACAUUGUACUGCUGCCCUGCUCUAGAGAUGCCUUUUUUUAAACUGUGAUUAUUUUAUUUUAUUUUUUUUCCUAAACAAAGCGAUUGUCAAUAACCGCGGUUGUAAUUGAAAAAAGAUUAAUGUAGGAGUGAGCGCUGCAAACCUAGAAGGGAAAAGCCAACGGAACAGCAUCAGAGGCACAAAAAGAGACAAAGAAAAGCAAAGGCCCCGACCAAAAGCCCGCCCUAGCCGAGCGCUGGGGGCUGGGUUUGCCAUUUCAGGUCCUGUCUUCGUUUCGCUCCGCGGCCGCGGUGGGCGCAGGGUGGGAGCCAGGCGCUCUCGUGCGUGGCCGGGUGGCCGGCAGCCGCCUUGGCGUGUCUGCCAAACGCAGAAAUACCACGAGGGGUGAGCCGUGUCCAGCCCCUGCUGGCCGCCACCACUCGCCAGCAGGUUUCUAGGUCUCCGUGCGUCCCUCUGUCGGCAUCCUCCACCCGCGUGUCCGUUCCUCGCGCCGCGUGCCCCGAUGAAAACCGCACCCGUGUCUCAUCUGCUGUAGGUGUUCUGCCUACCUCAAGAGGUAAACUUGGUAUCCUGGAGUCAUACGGUCACAGUCCUUUCUUUUUUCUCCAUUAGCACUAGCGCGCACACACACACACUGGAAUGUAUAUUCCCCCCCUCGCCCCCGAGUAACCUCGUGACCUGAUCCUUGCUGUAGCCACCACCAACUCCUCUUGCAAAUUGGAUGCUGCUUUAAAUGUGAAAACAAAUGUUCAAGAAGCUAUAAAACCUGAAUGAAAGCUAAAGCUGAAUUUAUAAAGCCUUGUUGCAUAUGAGCCAAAAGUGCAAAAAGCUCUAUAUAAUGAACUAACCUGCCACUCAUAUAAAUAUAAAUAUAUAUAAAUAUAUUAAAAUCAGACUGUUCUACAAAAUUGUGUAUUUGUAUUUUUGUGUACGUACAAUUUUCUGCUAAGCAGAAGGAGGAUGUAGUAUAGGAUGAUGUGAGAAGAGAUUUUGUUUAAUCAUAUUUCUUUGUUACUUAUUUUUGUUAACAUCCAGAUGCCUGUCUUUGUCUUAUGUGUAUGACACUGUUCGAAAGGUGCAGUAUCCCUCUCCCGCCUGCGUGUUAAACCUCGUCCGCCUCGAAAGCGUUGGGCAAUGCUCCUCCUCGUCACCACGAGCCUGCAGACGUGCCUCGGCCUUUCUCUUAACCGGGGCUGCUCGUUCAGCCGAGAGCGUGGUUAUUUAUUCGUGAUCUUCGGCGCUGGCUGCUUGCUUUGCACACGCGUGUUCUCCGAGCACGCCCUCCACGGUCUGUCGUGUCUUUGCUACUGCUCCUCAGCCUGACGUUUCAGGGGGAAAGCAAAGAAAGCAGUAAUGCAGACUGGGAGGGAGGACAAGAAAAGGCCAGGAAGCAGCAGUGACCAUCACAGGGGAGCACAUCUCAGGUAACACCACCACGGAGGAAGAUGGAGCGAGGAGCUCUGGGGACCUCGUGUUCCCCACCGCUGUCUGCGCUCUGCCGAAGCGUAGUUUUGCUUUCAGGAGGGCAAGUUGGCAAGCCAGUGCUGGCACUUCCCCUGUGCCACUUCCAACGCACCCUUCCAUCCCCAGCCACGCGUCUCUGGUGGCUUUGCAGCAGCUGGGUGCGUUGCUGGAAGAGCACUUGCAGCAAACGAGGUCCGUCUGCUCAUGGCUCGAUCCCCUUGCAGUAAAGGUACUGAUUUUUAAGAAGAAUUUGCUAAAAUCUUCUCUGAAUCACUGCCUUUGUCUGCAAGGUGCCGAGUGGGUCUGCUCCGCGUUUUGCUGCGAGGAGAAAAGCCCUCGUUUUUCUCCCUCUUGCAUUUGGGGAUUGUUCCUUAUGCAUUAUUUAGAGACCUGGCCAGGGGAAGAGAGGGUCUUAGGAGGCCUGGAUAAAACAGGUUGUAGCGGGGAAAAAAAAUGCAAAGCCUUGGGAAUCGGGUGCUGUGAGCUCACCUUUCAGUUCUGCCACAGCCUUGCUGCAAACCCUGGAGGCAAAAACCUUUCUGUGUGCUUCAGUUCCCAGCUACAAAACAAAGGUGAGGUUAAUACUCGUCACAUCUUCCGUAGGGAGCAGGUACUGCGAACGUAUGAAGUAUCAACUACUUCCCUUGUGUCCUUUGCUCUCUCCCUUUUUUUUUUUAUUUUUUUUAAUUAUUUUUUUUUAAUUUCUAGCCUUGUUUGAGCUGAAUUCUGGCCCAGGGAGAGCGAUACUGCAUCUUUACAUGUAGGGCUCAUAUUUAUAACAGUGUGUAAUGACUGUAGCAAAAGUCCUUGUUUCUAUAUGUGAAUGGACAGAGAAACAAGUGCUCUAUUGUAUUGAUUAAAAUAGUUAAAAUGAGUCCUGUAUCAUUGUAUCUCCUAUUCUGGAUUAGUGCCUUUUGGACAGUAGACUGUUCUGUAAUUAAAAUGUAGUAUAACUGCUUUUUUGUACAGUUUUGUUUUAAUAAAACUUUUUUUUAAUUUGUGUUUAUUUUAGUAUUGUACCUAUUAGAAAAUAAAAAUGUAUAACUCAACAAA